UUAUUCCUAUCCUUCAAAGUUAAAGAGUUCCUGUUUUCUUCUAAGAUGUUCAUUUUGUUACUAUUGAAAAUUCGUAUGCACAGCUUUUCAACGCUUUUUCCAGGAAGUUAAUUUUUAUAUUAGUAUCCACAGAAAAAUUGAGAGCAACCAGUGUGAAGAAGGAAACAUGGGUAUUAGAGGUUUGAUGUCGGUGAUCCAGAAGCACAGUUCAGAAUGCAGUCAAACAGUAAACCUUAUUGAAAUAGCACAUGAAAAAGGUGGUAUUGAACUGGUUGUUGAUUUUUACAGCUUUGAACAUUUGGUCAUCACUGAUAGCCUUUGGAAAAGUUUGGGUUCUUUCAAAAUGAAUGAAAGUCUCCGUAUUAUGGGCGCAGAGUAUGCAACAAUUGAUGCAUAUAUCUCCAAACUGAUCACAGAUUUAAAAAGUCUGGGCAUUUCUUUUGUUUUUGUGCUUGAUGGCAGCAAAGGCUCUUCAUAUGCAGAUACUAGGCACAAAAUUGACACAUGGAAGAGACGGCAUAGGAAUGAUGUACAGAGGAAAAGAGACAUUCUUGAAAUGUGCAGUGGACACAAACUUAUGACAGAACUGCAGGAAGAUGCUGCAAUAAGGCCUGUGCUUCUUGAAAUUCAAGUUGUGCAAGCACUAAGAGAUGCAGGAUGUGAAGUAAUACAGGUGGCAGAAGGUGAAGCAGACUUAAUUAUUGCAAAGCAGUUUGCAGAAAGGGAAAAAGCUUAUGCAGUCUUAAGCAAUGACUCUGACUUCUGUAUUUUCAAAAACACUUGCUUCAUACCAAAAUGUUUGUUUGAUAUUAAUGGUGACUUAGGCCUUGGACAGUCACUGGCUUUACCGCAAAAGCCUACUCAACUAAUCUGUGGCGUUGUUGCUUCACAGAGAGUUCAGCAGUUUCUAAAGUUUCCAGCGGUAGAAAUGCUGGUCGAGUUGAGCAUUGUGGCUGGUAAUGACUUCACAGGUCCCCACAUGCCUCAUGGAUUUGCAGAUCGUUUACAAGUGGCCAAUUAUCGCAGCAUUCUGAGCUAUGCUGACUGGGUGAGGCAGCAUGUGCAAGUUGAAAAUAAUCAAGUCUUCAAGCAAGAAAUGAUGAGGAAUAGAAAUCUUGCCAAUGCUGUCGAACACAGUCGCAAAUUCUACUCCCUCGAUGCUGAUUUGAUUGGUGAAGCAGGAAAAGAUGGCUACAUUUUUAACCUCAUUGUUGAUCGCGUUAAAAGUGGACAGUACCCUGCAAAUUUUGUGUCUAUAUACAGAUGUUUCUACUGGUACCGAUAUAUUCUGGAUGAUAAAUAUCUGUGUGCUCCAGCUGAGGAGUUGCUGGCACCAUUGAGAGCUGACUUAUACGCUAUUCUUUUACCCAGACACAAAGCAUUUGUCACAGAAUAUGGUCAGACGAUGCGACAAGACUUUCAACAAAUGCAGAACUAUGCUGUGAAUGACAAGAACCUGCCAUCAUUGAAUCACAUUCGGGAAAACCAGAUUUUCAGGAAUAUGAGGCUUUUCCAUUAUAUAAUGACGCGUCUUGAGCCUGGACAAGCUCCUGAGAAGACAUGGUUUGACAAGUAUGGCCGCAAAACAGGAUUCAUUUUCUAUAUCUUACGCUAUUUUCUUCUGCUGAACUGGGGCCAGUGCUUGAAUGUGACUGAGGCUGAGUUUCUGGCACUUGUCGCCACAGCAUUUGGUGCUUCAAAGGAGAGUUCAUGGCAGGAGCUUAGAGUGUGUCCUGACCCCAGAUGUUUGACCAUAGCUGCACUUUUUCAGGACAUAUAUCGUCAUGCAUUCCUGUUCCUGGGUUCAGUUUUGCAUCUAAAGCAUGAAUUUCCUUUGCCCAAAGAGAUCUUUUCAGGUUCAAUGUGGACUGUUUUGUAUGCACUCAGUAGUACACCAGAGAGAAGCAGUAUGUUUUCCAGAUCAUCAUAUGAUCAGCUUGCUUUCAUUUCCCCUGAAAAACUUCACUGGGCAGAAGGGGAAAGAAACUUUGUUCUUCAUGAGAAACGCCACUUGAUUGAGCACCUGACAGAAGGCAUUUUCUACUUUGACACCCGGGGCUUCUAAGGGGAAAAAAGUAGGAGCGUUGCUGUAUGCCUAUUGUGAAUUAAGACUUCAGUGAGAAGAAUUAUUGUUUAAAGCACUAUUUUGAUGAAGAGUGGCUUAAGAAGAUAUUUCUUUUUGUGAAAAUAAUUCUUUUAUCGUUAGAAAACAUAUGUUGAAAUAUUUCCAAAGCUAAAAUGUUUUUGAGGAAGGUCAUGAAAGUACUUUUGGAAAUUGGUGUACACUGUUCAACUUCAUAAUGAGAUUUUUUCUCAAAUUAGAAUAUUUUUAAUCUAUGGAAUGAACGUUAGCUUCAUCAUUAUCCUAGGUUUAAUUGAUAUGAUUCAGUAGUUCUCUUUUUUUUUUAUUUUGAGAUUUUUAAGCAGAGACAGUAAAUACUUUGACACCUAGGUGGUAUGGUGGCAACACAGUGUAGUUGUAAAUGUAUUUUGUAAACUCCUUUCUUCAAAUAGAGCACCCAGUUUGUGUUCUUUUACAGAGCUUAACCUUCAUGAUUCAUGAAGUUAAUUUUUUAUAAUUUUAGAUUUUGAUGUCAGAGGUUUGUUUGCUGUUACUUUUACUUCAGUGUUUCUUAUUUUCUUAUCAAUAUUUCGUGCCCUAAGCAAGAUAUAGUGGUACAGGCGAAGCGUCAACAAGAGUUAUCUGUAGAUCUUUGGUCUGUUCUGUAAUAUUAAUUUAUAGUCUUAAAUAAAUAGAUGCCUGGACAGUGGAAUUUAACCACAAGAGCAUAGGUAUAAUAACAAGUGUUUCUACAAAAACGUGGAACUUGGAUUUUUAUGUCAGUAACACACUGACAAGUGAAGUUUGUGUUUCCUUUUUUCGUGUGUACUUGCACCAAUUUACUUGCAGUUCAUGUCAUUCUCUCAACUGGUACCGGAUGGGAGAUACGAUGGAGCGCUGCAGUUGUGAACUCACGCCAACGUGACAAGGUCCAUAAGGUGAACAGCCGGUUCAUUCCUUCACGUCAGUCACCCAACAUUUUUUCUUGUUUGUCGCGGUGUUGACUGAUUUCAACAUAACCUUCCAGCUCAGUCUCCGGCAAGGUGUCAUGUCGGACGAUAUGACCACGAACUAAUAUGUGAUUGACAUAAUGAGCGAUUUGUACAGCCUGAAUUUGGUGCGGAAGCUGACGCUUCUGCUGUCCCAAAUUUUGUUGAGCCUGGCCAUCACUGCUGUGAUCCUGAGGCGAACGUCCGUCGCUCAGCCACCGCCCUUGGAAACGGUCAUGCUCAGGUACUUAAAAGACUGCACCUCCUCCAGCGCUACCCUGUUCAUCUGAAUUUCUGCAUUGCUAGAUCCGGUGGUGUUUACCAUGACAUUGCUCUUGUCCGUGCUGAUUUCCAUCCCAUGCACUGUCGCACUGGCAGCAAGCUUGUCUGUGAGAGUCUGUAACUCGCUGUUGCUUCACACCAUCAGAUCAAUGUCGUCAGCGAAUCGGAGCUUACUGAGCGGCUUCACCCCGACUGACAUGGAUGGUCCUGGAGGUUAUCGCGCAUUUAGUCGUGAGAAAGAGCUUACCCAUUUGGUUUUUGAAGAGCACCAAGUACCUGGAGCCUUAAUGGUGCGUACAAAGCCUUCCUUCACAUUGAAGGAGCGCAGUACGCCCACAGCACUCGUACCAUACUCAAUCGAAUGCCUUCUUAAAGUCAGAUAAGAUUGGGUUGAUGAGGACUCGACUGUUGAAGAUCUGCUCAACAGUGCUCCUGUCGGCCCGGAAUCGAGCCUGUUCCUCAUCUAACAUCUCUGCCAAAAAAUACAUUUUAUAAACCUAGUUAUUUAUUUGAUAAUGAUGUAUUUUUCCCGUGAUUUUGUAAAUAUGAUUUGUGUUUUACAUCAGUAGGAUGCCUUACCUUUGUCGUUUUUUUAUUAGACUUAGUUACUUGCAUGGUGAUGCUGACUAUCCUGAGUUUAGACAUUAAUUGUUUCAGGCAUACUGUUCUUUGUGUGUGGCAAAGCUUUAAGUGUUUUAAGUGCCAGCUGUUUGGCCGUGAUGCAGCCCUAGUUGUAAGCUCAGUAUAAGUCAUCAUUCAUGUCUCCCCCUACCUUGUUCAUCGUACGUUUUUCUAAAGUAUCGGUUCUACCAACUGUUUCUCGGGGAUUUAUUAGGAAGAGUUAAUUUACAUUGUACACCAAACCCACCCCUUACAAAACACACUCACAAGCACACAUUGCAAAUAGUAACUAGGUGUAAUAUUGCUUUCGCAUAGGCAAACAACAAACAUGCAAACACAUUACAAAACAGUAAAUAAGUGUAAUCCUUUUUUGGAGACGCAGACCAGAAGCAAAUACCAUCACUCAAACCACAAACAUACCACAUAACAAAAACAUUGCAAAUAAUAUAGUAUUCCUUUUUUUGCGAAUGCAAACCACUGAGAAAACCACAUAGGCUGCUCAAGAAUAAAUGUCCACACAUUGGCUAAUUGAAGCAUAGAGCAGCACCAUUGAUCAUAUUUCUAGUCAUCAUGUUUUAUCCAUAGCAGAAAUUCAAGAAUGUUAGCAUCCAUUUGGUGCUUUUUUAAAUUUUUAAUUUAAUGUUUUAAUGACCUGAUUGACCUGUCCGUGUUUCCAAAUAACUUGUUAUGGUUUCGGCUAGUUUCUGGUAGUUUCAGAAUGAACGGCUUUAUAUAUUUUUUAUUUCAGUCACCCACUUAUUUUAUCUGCUGAUUAAAAGGCAGCAAAUGUUCCGGAUCGAUGGCCUUUAAUGUGAUUCUGCGGCAUAGAGACACAUCUCGGCAUAUUUGUACGAGAAUGUUAUACAACAUGUGGAAAGUGCUAGACGCGGCAAAGGAUCAAUUCCAACCCGGCAGUAGGCAAUUUACGAUAAUAAUAAAAGACACUGCAGACUCCGUGAUCAAUUCGUUUGAAAAACUGCACGCCGGACAUUUCUAGUGCUGUUUGUAUGAGUGUGCCAUGCUGCAAUCAAAAUUCUUUAUCCGAAAAUGGAAAUGAAUUUUCGUGAAUAAGGUAUAAUAACGAUUUACGGGGCUGUGGACACCAAGACAUGAUGCACUGCGCGUUUGGGCUUUCCCGUGUUUGAAAUCGUUACAUUAAGUACGAUAUAAUAUCGCUGUUGCCUUGGUGAUUCAUCCCAACCUCAAGCAAUGAAAGGUUGGCCUUUUUUUUCUUUUCUUUUUUUUAAUCGAGCUUUUCAACCAAUUAAAAUAGAUUGGAGGGAAAGAUGGGAUUGGUGGAAGUGUACUAGUUCGCUUUUCCUUGUCCUUAGAGAUUUUUUAGCGUUGCAGCUAAAAUGUAUACAAAAUGUUAUUUCACUGAUUUCAGUAGCUCACCUGUAUGUCAGAGGUCUCUGUGUUCGUGUACAGGUGUGCUUUAAGAAAGCUUGUGUGAUUACGAUUGCUGAGUUGAUUCGGAGGCUGAUCCAUUAGCUAGAAAGCCAUCUAGCCAAACAAACUCUUGCUGACCUUAGGGACAGGUACCCCGUGCUUUUAGCAAACAUGUUUGAUCAUAAUGUAUUACCUGUCUGUAUGAUUUACGUGUAGUGUCGAAUAUAUUCUCUAAGAUUUAAUUUUAUGCCAACUACACCGGAAUUUCAUUCAACUACUUUCGAAGUAUUCUUCGGCCAUCCCAUCGUUUUGUGCAGGAUUUAUUCCUCCCCCCUCCUCCCUGCAGUCUGAUCCAUUCUAUUCAACAUUUAGUUCCAUCUGUUUCGUGCACCAUCCACUUAUACGUGCAAUCAGUUCUGUCUGGAGUCCACCAGCCUUGCUCAAAUCUUAUCCGUCUGACCAGGCCAGUCUGUAGGUCACGUUUCCAUCUACAUAAUCUGUUUAGAAUCUGUUUGUCUGCUGCUUCCCCCUCCCCCCGUCUAGUCGUGCACUGCAUUUACAACAGUGUCACAGUCUUUCCAUUCAACUUCAUUUCAUUUGACCUGCAGUCCUACCUUCAUUGCUCAUCUGGAAAAGUAGUGAUGAAGUAAUAUUACCACGGGGUUACCUAUGGAAUGGUAGCAUGUCGGAGUUAUGAAACUGGAGUCAGGUUCAGACCUCCGUCUUGUGUCCACCCACAGCUGUGGCUACAGAGUUUUUGUACAUAUUUGUAGAAAUAUUGUAGACAAGAGGGUGCGCAUGUACCUUUGGUUCACAGUUACGGCCUCUCAUCUACUUAAGACGUUCUUUUUAUUUUUAUUUUUAUUAUUAUCAUCGUUGGCAACUUCUGUCCCUGUAAUCUGUGGCAUGAUAGAAGAGCUUAGCGGCUGUGUAUGCGUAUAUUGUCAGAAAAUCACUUGCGAUACUAUGUGCAUGUACACAGAUUGUAAAGCAAAAGUGUUUUAACUGGCGGCUAUGCUACAAGAGAUACUUGUGGGGAGGGACACGAAUCGUGCAUUUUGUUUUAAAAAAAAUGUCUUUUUUUUCAUGUGUUGAAUGAAACGAUGGGUCUCUAAGUAUCCGUACCCUGUUUUCAAUUAUGAGUGUUAUGAAAAUUGAUGUAGGAGGCGAAAACCCAACGUGCAUACGUGGAAUGAACUUUGUUAUUAAACUUUUUUAUUUUUCUUCAGAUCAUCUGCAACACACACACACACUUCCUUUUCUGUGCAGCAUCGAGGAGAAAUGAGUUAGUGAUAUUCUUUUUUCUCCCAACAUCAAAAAGCGAGAUUUUCAGCAAUAUCUGCCCCCUCCUCCAGCUCUGGAAACAAGUAUCUACUCGGAGCGGCUGACGCCAGCCACUCACGAUCGAGUGCUUGCCGAGGUUUUGCGUGACAAGACGGUCAACGGUAAUAUCCGGAAAGUCACGUGACCCCAGUAUAACACGCGACAUGGCCGAGUCGCGUCUUUGAUCAUAUUUUGAAAGUAGAGAGACUUUUUCUCUGAAAACUCAUUAACUGGGGAUCAUCCAUGCUCUCUCUACCACCAGUUCGCCCCCACCGCCUGCUCCGUUCACUCUCUCCUGCUCCCUUCUUCCUUCUGAGUACAUCAAUCUCGGGCAGUAAAUAAAAUACAGAAUCAUAAAAAGUUGUGCAGUGACCAUUAAUUAAAAAAAAAUCACGAGAGGAAAAAAAAAAGAGGAAAAUCGAUGAAAUUUCUACUCGGCACGCAAUUAUUGAUCCCUGAACGUUUCUCUAGAUUAAACCCUGAACUAACCUCUAGAUUAAACACUGAACGCACCUCUAGAUUAUGCGUUGGCCAGUGUGUGUACUCGCAUUGUUUCUGUACCAGUAUAAGGAUACAUUGUAUGUCAGCUUUCAUGUACAGCAAGAUAUAAAUUUUACAAAUAUCUUUUAAAAAAUGAUUACUCGCCAUAAGAGGAAAGGCCACUUAUACCGUGAUUUUGUUUUGUUGUGAUUGGCUUUGCUUGCUUUGUUUUGUUUUGUAACGGCCAGCAGUUGGUCUGAGGCUCUGAAGUCAUCUCCAGGGCAUAUGUAUUUUUCUGCCUAGAAAGUUGUAUUUUUUGUUUCCUGAUUCCCAGUUUUUAUCAUCACAUUAUUAAAGCGAUGACAAAUAUC